AAGCAAAUAUCGAAUUAAAAAAACUUAUAUUUGUUUGUUUUCAAGAAGGAUUUAGAGAAUUUCCUGAUAGAAAUACAUGUUUAUUUAAGACAGCAAUAUAUUUUUCUGUUAUUGAUGAACAAGUUCCAGAACAAACCGAACUAACAAAAAAUGAUUCAUGGAUUCCUUAUAAUUUAAAAGAUAUAACAAAUCUUAAAGUAAUAGGUUCAAUUAAAAAAAGUUAUAAUCAAAUUGCAGAUGCUAUUAAUACUAAGUUUAGAAGUAUUAGAAACAAGAGAUGUUGUAAGCUUGAGUCUGUUGAAGAAAUUGAAAAUGAUAUUGAUACUAGUAGUGUUACUGAAGAACAUGUUGAAAGCCCUAAUAAUAAUGAAGUAGCUUAUACUUGA